AUGAAGAGCCUUAUCGAUAUCCUUCGUCAUGACACCAGCAGCCAAUCCAUAGAUCGUGUUGUUCGCCUUCUCAACCAACUCCUCCAUCGAAUCGAAUCGAAUGAUACUCAUGACGGGACCGAAGAUCUCCUCCUGGGCGAUCGUCAUCUGAUCUUUGACGUUGGCGAAGAUCGUCGGCUUCACAAAGUGUCCUUGGUCGCCGUGUUUCACACCUCCAGUCACCAGUUGGGCACCGUCUUUCUUUCCGGCGGCGAUGUACUUCAGGAUGGUUUCAACCUGGAAAAUUGGACGUUUUUGACAAUUACAAUUGAUGAAAAAAGUCAUUUUUCAAAUGAUUUUUCUGAAUUCGGUAUGUCUGUCUGA